GAUAUAUAUAUUUGAAUCAUGGGUAGCUCAUCAGGAAUUGUUUGUCUAAUUGUGAUGUGCAUGGUAGUGAGUGCACCUCAUGCACAAGCAGCCAUAACAUGCGGUAGCGUGGUAAGUGCCAUAUCCUCCUGCCUUGAUUACGCACGAGGUGGUGGGGUAAUCCCACCUAUUUGCUGCACCGGAGUUAAAAACCUAUAUAGAAACGCGGCCACUACUCCCGACCGCCAGACAGUCUGCACUUGUCUUAAAAAACUCACCGGCUCCGCCACCUCUUACCCAUAUGCCUCCGAAAUCCCUGGCAAAUGCGGCGUUUCUAUUCCAUACAAGAUCUCACCUUCCACUGACUGCGCCAAGUUAGCUCUCCAUCUUCCUAUCUAUACUCUCUACUACUUGUAUAUACAUACACAAUUUGUUACUUAAUUAAUUAAUUUGUUCUUUCAGGGUCACUUAAGUCGUCGAUCGAUCUUGGAACAUCGCGGACACGAGUUCGAGUACGCAACCUAGGCCGCCCCAAAGUUAUCGAAUUUUCCUAUUAUUAUUUUGAGAAUAAAAGAUGUACGUGGGUCAUCAUGGACCCCCUCAUUUACUACUGUUAUUGUACUCAAUUAAUUAUCUAGCCUACAUAUCUACCAUAUUUCAUACAUAUGAUAUAUAAUAUUUGAAGUUGCAUGCUUGUUUUUGAUAUGUUAAUGAAUAAUGAGAUUUUCA